AUGCCGCCUUCGUCGACCAAGCCCGCCGCCGCCGCCGACGCCAGCCGCCGGCUCAACGCCGUUUCGCGCCACAUGUCGUCCAGCCAGCCGCACGCCAUCCAGGCGUCGGCACCUUCGUCGUCGUCGGGCCCCUCGGGCGUUUCGUCGGGCCUCGACGGUCAGCCCGUCCAGCUCUUUUCCGAGGGCGGCCUCCGCACCAUCCUCCUCAACCGCGAAAAGGCCCUCAACGCCGUCAACAUGCAGAUGGUCCACCUCCUCAACAAGUACAUUGACGAGUGCACCCGCUCGCCCAACUGCCACGUCAUCCUCCUGCGCGGCAAGGGCCGCGCUCUCUGCUCCGGCGGCGACGUCCUUGCCAUCGUACACCAGGCCGACUCGUCCGACCCCGACGACCGCGCAAAGUCGACCGAGUUCUUCCGCGAAGAGUUCCAGCUCGACUACAUGAUCGCCCGCCUCGGCGAGGUCGCCAGCAUCAACGCUUCCGGCCGCGACGGCAAAGACGCCCGCAUCGCCCUCGAGUCCAAGGCGGGCGGCGCCACGGACACGGCCAAGCCAAAGGUCUUUGUCAGCCUCAUGGACGGCAUCACCAUGGGCGGCGGCGUCGGCCUCUCGGUCCACGCGCCCCUCCGCAUCGCCACCGAGCGCACCCGCUUCGCCAUGCCCGAGACCGGCAUCGGCUACUUCCCCGACGUCGGCGUCACCCGCGUCCUCGCCCGCCUCGACGGCAAGAUCGGCCAGUACCUCGGCCUCACGGGCGCCCAGAUCAGCGGCGAGGAGGCCUACCUCGCCGGCCUGGCCACCCACUACAUCUCGUCAAGCAGCAUCGACCCCGUCGUCGCCCGCCUCGCCUCGCUUCCCGCCGAGGCCGCCUCGAACCCGGCGCUGGUCGCGUCCGCCAUCGGCGAGUUCAGCGGCGACCCCUUCGGUGCCGAGCGCGCCGAAGUCGUCUCCAAGACGCCCUUCCUCGGCGACCGCCGCGUCGCGCUCGACUAUGUCUUCGGCCAGCUGUCCUGCGAGAGCAUCUUCCACUGCCUCGAGGAGAUCGCGUCUGGCGAGGCGACGACGCAGGCGGCCCAGGAGCUCAAGCGGCUCGGCCUCGAGUUGAUCACGCCCGACGUCAAGGAGUGGGCGCGCAAGACGCUCGACACGCUCCGGACGAAGUCGCCGCGCGCGCUCAAGGUGACGCACCAGGCCAUCCUCGAGGCGCGCCGCUUCGACGUCGAGGAGGCCUUCCGCUUCGACAUGCGCCUCGCCACGGCCUUCUGCGACCUGUCGAUUGGGCGCGACUUUUUCACGGGCGUCACCCACGUCCUCGGACGCGACCCCAAGACGGGCAAGCGGGCGCAGGGCGUGGCCAAGUGGGACCCGCCGUCGCUCGAGCAGGUGUCGGACACGCAGAUCCGCGCCCAAUUCUUUGCCGACGUCGCGACGGCCGAGCGCGCCGGCCUCAAGAUGAAGGUGCCCGAGCUCGAGCGCGUCCCCAAGCUGCCCGAGGAGCGCAAGGCGCGGCAGGCGCGCGACGCCGUGCUGCGCGGCCGGGGUCCGGGACGAUGGGAGCCGACGUUCAACGUCUUUGCCCUGCCCAGCGAGGCCGAGGUCGAGUCGCUGCGAGAGGGCAGCCACCCAGCCUCGGGCGCCGUCGCCUCGAGCGACGACGAGCUGCUCGACUGCAUCAAGAGGCACAAGAACCAGAUGGUCGGCAUCGACGUCAAGCUGCGCGACUACUUUGAGCGCACCCGGAGGAGGCAGGCGUAG